AUGAACCUUAUUGAUAACCCUUGUCUGCCGCCAGUGGGCAUUGUAACUGGACAGCUAGCGCCAUGGAUCGUGUGGGCUCUUUGGACAGCCCGCAACAAGAUGCUCUUCAACAACAAACUUUUUUCAGUAGAAGAAGUGGUCACUCACGCUGUGGCAGCCGCUCGGGAGUGGUUGAAUGCACAGAGUAAUACGCCAAACAGAAUGGUGGCUCCCCGAUCAACCCGAACGGUGUCGCCCCAAGACAUAGUGGUGCAAACAGAUGCAGCAUGGAAGGAAGACUCAAGAACUGCAGGACUGGGAUGGACUAUCAAAUACACAGGGGAGAGUUUGAAUUUUCAAUCUGCGACCGGGUUUGUCAGCUCACCAUUGACUGCAGAAGGUUUGGCCAUGCGAGAGGCAAUAAGGAAAUGCAAAGAGCUGGGGCUCCGGCACAUCCGAAUCGAAUCGGAUUCAGCUCAACUCAUCAAGAGUCUAAAGUCCAAGAAGGAACCUCCAGAGAUUUACGGUAUUGUCUCGGAUAUUAGGAUUGAAUGUAAUGCUUUUGAUUCUGUCUACUUUGUUUGGAUCCCUCGUGGGAGAAACUCAGUGGCUGACCGGUUAGCAAAGCAGGCUCUGGCCUUGCAUCGCACGGUGUAA